CUCCUCCUCGGCCCCAGUCGGGGCCUGCUUCAUCUCUCUCCAUCCCCAUCUGGUCUGGUGGUCGUCAGGCCGCGACCCCCGACCCCAUGUGCCGCCUCUCCCUGCUCCUGCUCCUUCUCCCGGGUCUGCUGGCCUCCUUCCAGCCCGACUGGAGCCGGCUGCAGGGCCUGGCCCGGGGCAAAGUGGAGACCUGCGGAGGAUGACAGCUGAAUAGGCUGAAGGAAGUCAAAGCCUUCGUCACCGAGGACAUCCCACUCUACCACAACCUGGUGAUGAAGCAUCUUCCUGGCGCCGAUCCUGAGCUUGUGCUCCUCAACUUCCGCUACGAGGAGCUGGAGCGAAUCCCCCUCAGCCACAUGACCCGUGCCGAGAUCAACCAGCUGGUGCAGGACCUGGGCUUCUACCGCAAAGCAGACCGGGAUGCGCCUGUACCUCCAGAAUUCCAGCAGGCCCCAGCAAAAACCUCAGACAUGCAGGAAAAGGCCCAGCCCCAAGAAACACCCAAAUCAGGGGAGCAGAACCACCCCGACCUCUAGGUCCCAACAUGUGGUUUCAUUGCUGGAUGCCCCAGGGGGCAGGGGACGACAAGGCUACAGGUACAGGGUGAGGGUGACCUAGGAAUGGAUGGUACGUUUGGGCCCGGCCUGAGGGUUGGCAGGCAACUUUGUUAAACCUACAGGGUGGGGUCCAUUUAUUUUGGUGACUAAGGUGCCAGGGACUUCUGGCAAUGUCCUGAGACUGGAAGAAAUCGGUUAAUUUACCCCACUCUGUCCUGUAGAAACCGUUACACUGCUUGAGUUGCUGAGGCCCCCCCUGCUCACGGCACCCCCUUUUGCCAGGGACAGAAUGAAGUCUUCAGCGUAAAGGGCUCCUUGCUGAAGGCAGAUGCUCAAGUCCCAGAGCAAGCAGGGGACCGUGGGGGUGGCCUUUUCACACACCUGGUGCAGUAAAGUGUCCUUUCCUAGCA